UCGUCCUUGCUGGCGUAGGCCACAAUCGUAUCCUUGCCCCGAAAGCAACUCUGUGGCGAGUUAUAUCAUUCCCUUCGUGCGGGCUGGUCACGUCAAAACACAGCUCAACUUUUCAUAAAUAUGGCCGUCGGAAUCCGUGCGGUUGGUAGAGUUCGAAUCAGGAUUUUCGCGGAUAAUUAGUGAAAGUGAUGAGUUUGCUGUUAGGUUCCAGGAGCAUUAUGAACAAUUGGUGAAGUGCAGUGCAGGCGAGUGUGUUUUGGGAAUUGGGAUUCAUUAGUGAAGUGGAUAUCGGAGGGGGCUAGCUCUACGCCCAUUUUUGCAACUAUAGUUCUUUGCAGGCAACAAGGCAACAGCACAACGAAAUGAUAGCGCAACAGCUGCCGUCGUCGUUUCUGAUACGGUCAUGGGAAACCAUUAGCAUCGACACUCUUCAACGAUAAGAGGAUCCACGAGGAGACAUAUCCAGCACAUACACCUCCGUUUCGCAAUAGACCCUCCCAAAAGUUUCCGAGAAAGCCAUCAAGCUUGCCCACACGCACCAGAAAAGUACCCCCAACCCCUUUCCGCUCCAGGUCACGUCCCAACACAGCAAGUCAAGCCCCCGGUGGGGCUCAACUGUGGCGGCGGCGGUGUGCCGUCUUGCGUCAAGUGCGGUACCAACACGUUUCCACUCCCAGCCGAUAGAAUCAUAUUAUGUACGGCGGUGGGAGCCCCCCAUCGAAACUAACGGGGGGCUCCAUGUCAUCUCGAAGCAAACGCGCUAAAAAGACCUCCUGGGGCGCCCGGGAACGGGCCGGCAUGAGCUUCCUGAUUGUGAUAGCAUUUUUUGCUAUUUUUGGACUGAUUAUCCUAACCGAGGUGCUGAUGAUUGAUGAUCGAGGUCGAGGCGGGGGAGUCAUCGUUCGACAUGGCAGUAGUGGAGGACGUUUUGGGGAAUCCGUUCCCGAUUACGAUGAUGUGAAGGACGAUUAUCUUGAUGAUACCGGUAUAUUCGUUCGCGAAACAAAGUAUGGUAGCGCCGCUAUUAAAAACAUAAUGAAAAGUCAAAAAGACUCAAAACUGUCUAUUGGCAUGAACGUACAAUUAGAUCCAGCCGAGCAGCGCAAUCCCCCGGUGAUACCGUGGGGACAGAUGCUCCCUUCGAAAACGGAGCAAAGUCUUCCUCAAUAUCCGGCCGACAUGCGUCCAACCGAUGGCUCCUGGGAGAUCGUCAACGGGACCCGGUACAAGUUUUUCGUCUUUUCGGCGUACUACGACCGGAGGGACGGAAAAUUGGUGCGAAUUAUUGGAGCCACAAAAACGCGCGGACCGGAGAAGGUGUGGUGCCGCUUUUGGUAUCAGACCGGUUCGAACACUACCCGAUAUCGAUCUGCUUCCGUGAUGGCGAGGGUGAAGAUUAUUCGAGAGAAUUGGAAUUUGAAGUACAGUGCUUGCUUUAUACUUUGUCCAAUACGAGGUCCUUUCUCAGAGGUGCCGUACUCGGUCAGUGUAGUUAGCAAAAUCAAAUCUCCACCCGGUAACGUGCUACUGCUGAGAAACAAUGAUAAUGAUCCAGAUUUUAAUAACCGCACAUUUAGUAACAUCCCCAAUAGUAUUGGAGUAUGCGUGAAGCCGUUGCAUUUUAACUAUGACCAGGCUCUCUACAUGCUGGAGUUCCUGGAAUUAAACAGCCUUUUAGGGGUAACUCACUUCACCUUCUACAACCAUACCAUUGGACCCAAGGCAAGCUGCAUUUUGCAGCAUUAUGUAAAUGGGAACCUUCCACCAUUGAUAACCCCAUUUGCUCCAAGUAAAGGUCCGACGAUCGUCGGCCCAUCCGAAAGCAACGACGUACCCCAAGAGAUGGAUCCUACGAAGCUGAACGACAAUACUUCGUACCAGAAACCGAAAAUCACUGUAAAUAUUUUGCCGUGGAAUUUGAGAAUGCGUUCCCAGAAGGAGAUUCGCACCGAAGGGUUAUUUGCAUCGUUGAACGAUUGCCUUUAUCGGAGCAUGUACAGAUACUCACAUGUUGCACUCAUUGACUUAGACGAAUUUAUCAUACCACAUCAUAACGACACAUUGAUUGAUCUCAUAAAUUGGCUUUCAAAGCGAAUAAACAACAGAAACACGGGAGCUUACUCUUUCCAAAAUGCAUUUUUCUAUCUCCAAUUUGCGGACGAUCCUUCCACGUUCGAUGACGGUGCAUCCGAGGCAGACCUGCGAGCAGCCCUAACGACGCAGCGAAAGACCAGACGGCGGUCGAAGCUGCAUCCGCAGAAGCAACGCUCGAAGUACAUCUGCAAACCGGAAGCCGUCAUCGAAGCUGGAAAUCACUUUGUUUGGGAGUUUUGCCCCGGUCGGGGAUCGCUCAACGUGCCAGCAGAUGCAGCCAUACUGCACCAUUAUAGGGUCUGCGAGUUUGGCGGCGAUGAUUGUAUCAAGUCGCCUUCAGUAGUGGACCGUACGGCUCAUCGUUACACCAAACGGCUACUGGAUAGGGUUGGUACCGUUUACAACUAUCUUAAGGAAACCUGCAACCUUCCAGACAUCCCACACGCACCAACGAAACCUCCACCGACGCGUAAGAAGCAGCUCAAAAUCCGAAUUCCUGAUAGACCAGCAUCGUUGGCAGCAUCCUCCAAGGCUGGCAACACCGUAGGUAGUAUCAAAAUAGACGCAAGUACUAACAACAACAGCAACAGUAGUAGGAGCACAUUCGCAAGCUCGUUAAUCAGAGUGAUAUCGAAUCGACAGAUGUAAGUUGAAUAUUUUUUCGGUGAAUUGGGAAGGGAUAUUUUAUACGAUUAUAUUAUUAGAUACAGUUUUAAGCAUCAAAGAAACUCGCAAAAUCGAAAAUGUUUUCAAAACACUUAACUCAUAAUUCUCAUCGGUUACUUAUACAUUGAGUAAAACAGAACGAAUAAAACAGAUGAAUAUUGUGACAGCACAAUCCUUAAUUUGUUACGAAUAGCAGUUAAAUUGAAUAUUUACUAAACUACUCCAAGCUUAUAGCCAGGUGGCAGUAGAAGUCGGUUCUAAUCUGCGUUGAACUGACGAUCGCUGUGACUAGGUGCAAUGCUCACUUGUAGGACAUUUUGUAGGAAGGCUAAACUUCAUAGGAAGGCCUACAGUAAACGCUACUUAGUUCACUUGUUAUACUUACCAAUGCAAGCUCUUGAUUAUUCAUCUCCAAGUAACGGAAUGAGUAGAUUAUAUUUGGUAAAUUGCAGCGAAUUGUUACGACAAGAGCCUAGCCAGAUCGAAUAGUAAUCAAACCUUGCAUCCUAAAGAAAGGAAAGUCAUAGAAACCGCAUAUCAAACUAGGUCCUUCCUUCCUAGCUCAGAUUUUUAGUUACUUGUCCAAACUGGGAACAGUGGAAACUUGAGUGGCAAACAGGAGAAGAAAGUAAGUUGGCAGAAUGAAGCAGGGUAUGUUACUUUAGCUCAAACAAAAUAUUCUAACAGUGGAGUGGACUAUCAAAAUAUGUAUUACGCAGAUAACACAACACACCGAUAACUAAAUUUAUUGUAAUAAACUACCCAACUUUGAAGUAUAAAUUGAUGCAAUAAACGUCGAACAUCAAAUAUGGUUGGUGGAAAAGCGAGUGAAAAUAUGACGAAGAGUUUUAA